UUUAUGGUGGUUAAACUCUUUCUAGUCAUCAACCCAGUAUGAAUUUCAGGUGAAGGGACAUGCCAUGGCAGAGCAAGAACUGAAUAAUUGCCUGUUAACAACAAUACUGGUUAACAUUUACUAAGUGCUUACUAUGUACUAGGCAUUAAAUUAUAUGAACUAAUUUAUUUCUCAUAGUAACUGUGGUGAGCACUGUAGGUCCUUUUUAGGGAUAAUAAAACUGAGAUACAGAGCUGUAGUAACUUGUUCAAGAUUACAGUAGAGCCAAGAUUCAAGUGCAUUCUGAUUUCAGCACCUGCAUUCUUAACUAGAAUAUCAUACUUUCUACUAGCUUCAAGUUAAACAAUCUUAUGUCCCAAGGAGGUUAAGGGUAUCCACAGACAGUUUAUAGCAUGAGAAAAAGAUGAGGAGGUGAGACUAAGCAGUGUCUGUUUUGUAUGCAGUGAUUUACUUAAUCUUCACAACAAUCCAUGAAGUUGUUACAUUUAUGAAAUCACUUUAUAGAAAAAGAAGCUUAAAUAUAGAAGAGUGAAAUAACUUGCUAACAGUUAAACUACCUAGUAAGUGGCAGCGCCAAAACUUGCAUUUUUUUUUUACUAUAUUGUACUGGAGAGCUACAAAGACUUUUCCACCCUGAUAUAUGUGUUCCUUCAUUGUACACACACACUUGCAUGGACACUCACACACUUCUGGACACCACAAACUGUAGUGCUUCCUGUCCCUAGAACAGAACCUACAGUUUCACGGUUCUGGAACCAAACCCUUUGUAAUAGAGUUGUCAGAAUUAUCAGAUUUUUUAAAAAUUUAAAAAGGAUGUCCAGUUAUAAUUGAAUUUUAGACAAACAACAAAUAAAUAUGUCCAUACAAUUUGGGGACCUACUUAUAUAACUUAAAAAGUUUCUUAUUUAUCUGAAAACUAUCUGGUGAUGUCUCUGGACAAUUUUUCUGUUCUGUUCUUUAUAGCCUUCCUACAUCUUCCUGUUACAGCAUUUGUUAUUCAAGUAGCUGUAGGUGCUUGAUUUUGCCUUUACAGAUUCCCUAAUUUCCUAUGGGGAAAUCAUUAAAAUGCAUCUGAAAACUUAAAAGUUUGCAUCUGAAUCCUCAACCAUGGAGAAGUUAAGCAAUCGAAAUGAUUGAAAUGUUAAGAGUAACAUGAAGAAGAGCACGCAUUUGUGAAUUGACAUUUGUAUGCCAAAUACAGUGCAGUAGUUUUGCAGUAUUUCAUGGUUAUUAAAUUCUCUUUAAUAAAUAAAUGGGUGGGUAUAGUCCUUGGACCGCAGAGAGAUCACAUUGACCUGAAACGUGUAACAUAUGGCUUGACUAACUGAUGCCAUUUUAGUCUGAACGAUUCCUUUUGGAGAAAACAGGACCUGGGCCUAUUUGGCCUAGGUGUGUCCAUAGAAACAGGAGAGCCUGUAAGAGUCAGAAAGUCCGGAAGUGCAGUGCGCACUUCCGUGUUACGUCAAAGACCCGGAAGUUAGCGUAGCGUGGUUGCAUAUGGCCGCUCCGGGGAAGGAUGCCGCUUGUGGUGUUUUGCGGGCUGCCGUACAGCGGCAAGAGCAGGCGCGCUGAAGAGCUGCGCCAGGCACUGGCAGCCGAGGGACGCACGGUGUACGUGGUGGAUGACGCUUCGGUGUUGGGCACGGAGGACGCGACAGUAUACUGCGACUCUGCCCGUGAGAAAGCAUUGCGUGGGGCCCUGCGAGCUUCGGUGGAGCGACGCUUAAAUCGCCACGACGUAGUCGUCCUAGACUCACUUAAUUACAUCAAGGGCUUCCGCUACGAACUGUACUGCCUAGCGCGUGCAGCGCACACGCCACUGUGCCUGGUUUACUGCGUACAGCCUGCGAGUCGGAGCCUGGGACGUCUGGAGGAGCACCGGGGCUGUAAUGUGAGUGUGAGCUGGAGGCCGCGUCUGGAGAAGGGUGCAAAACCUCAGACGACCUGCUCCGAGGAACCGCUUCUUGGGGGCUGUACAGUAAAAAAUGAGGGAGCCCGAGACGACGUGCGUAGAGAAGUGGAACCGAAGGAAAUUGGUUCUUCUUAUUCCCCAGCUCUGGAUACUCCAGAGUCUGAGAAAUCUGCAAAGCACGCGUCGGGUGCCUUUUACCCUCCCGAACUUCUGGAGGCGCUAGCCCAGCGCUUUGAGGCACCUGACUCUCGGAACCGCUGGGAUAAGCCUUUGUUCACUAUGGUAGGAUUAGAGGAGCCUUUGCCCUUGGCCGACAUCCGGGCCGCCUUGUUUGAGAACCGGGCGCCCCCACCCCAUCAAUCUACGCAGUCCCAGCCACUUGCCUCCGGCAGCUUUCUACACCAGCUGGACCAGGUCACAAACCAAGUCCUGGCCGGCCUGUUGGAGGCACAGAAGAGCGCUGUCCCCGGGGACUUGCUCACACUUCCUGGUACUACAGAGCACCUACGCUUUACCCGGCCUUUGACCAUGGCAGAGCUGAGUCGUCUCCGUCGCCAGUUUAUUUCUUACACUAAAAUGCAUCCUAACAAUGAGAACCUGCCUCAGUUGGCUAACAUGUUUCUUCAAUAUCUGAGUAACAGCUUGCACUAGUCAGUGUGGUAGAGGGAAACCAUGCUUGUCUGGCAUCCUUUGCACUUUAUUUCGUGGAUUGCCUCUGAUGGUGAUUAUCCAUAAGUCUUGGUGUGGCGCUUGCAAAGCUUUAAAACCCAAAUUUGCAGAAUCUAAAGAAAUUUCAGAGCUUUCCCAUAAUUUUGUUAUGGUAAAUCUUGAGG